AUGUUCUGGAAGCUCACGGCCCUGUCUGCAUCGUCUCCUGUUGAGGCUGUGCUGGACAAGGAAAAUUUUACACUGGAAGAGCUUUUGGAUGAGGAAGAAAUCAUUCAAGAAUGCAAAGCAUUAAACAGUCGCCUUAUAAACUUUUUGAGAGAUAGAUCUCAGGUUGAACAACUUCUGCAUUAUAUCGUUGAGGACCCUCCAGAGGAUGCCGAUAGCAAAAGAACUUUCAAGUUUCCUUUUAUUGCCUGCGAAAUUUUUACUUGUGAAAUUGAUGUAAUCUUGAAGACUUUGGUGGAGGAGGAGGAGCUUAUGGACUUGCUCUUCUCUUUUCUGGAACCAAACCGGAGUCAUAGUGCAUUACUGGCUGGGUAUUUUAGCAAGGUUAUCGUGUGCUUAAUGUUGCGGAAGACUAUUUCACUCAUGAAUUAUGUCAAGGUCCACCAAGAUGUUUUUAAGCAGUUGGUUGAUUUGAUUGGUAUCACAUCCAUCAUGGAGGUCUUGGUGCGACUUCUUGGUGCAGAUGACCAUCUCUACCCAAAUUCAUUCGAUGUGAUGCAGUGGUUGGCUGAUAGCAAUCUCUUAGAAAUGAUUGUUGAUAAACUUAAUACUUCAAAUCCUCCUGAGGUGCAUGCUAAUGCUGCGGAAACACUAUGUGCUAUAACCAGGAAUGCACCAUCACCUGUGGCCAUGAAACUAUCUAGUCCAAGCUUUGUGGAACGAGUAUUUAGUCAUGCGCUUGAAGACUCACCUUCAAAAUCUGCUCUUGUUCACUCGCUCUCUGUUUGUAUUUCAUUAUUGGAUCCAAAACGAUCAAUAUCUUCAUCAGUCAUGUACUCUUUCAGAAGUCAACACGUGUAUGAACCACCAGCUCAUGUAAAUCCAGAUACUAUAGGUGCUAUGCUUCCGAAACUAGGGGAGCUGCUGAUGCUUUUGAAUGUUACAUCUGAUGAGAAGGUCUUACCCACAACUUAUGGUGAAUUGAGGCCCCCUCUAGGACAGUUUCGUUUGAAGAUUGUGGAGUUCCUUGCCGUGCUUCUAAAAACUGGCAAUGAAGUGGCAGAGAAGGAAUUGGUUGGCUCUGGAACAAUCCACAGAGUCCUUGAUCUCUUUUUUGAGUACCCGUACAAUAAUGCUUUGCAUCAUCAUGUGGAGAGCAUCAUAUAUUCAUGCUUGGAAAGCAAAAAUAGUGCUAUUGUUGAUCAUCUUCUCCUAGAAUGCAAUUUGGUUGGCCGAAUUCUUCAAAGUGAUAGAAGUCCUGAUCUUUCUGAUGAAAUCAACCUGCCAACUAAGCCAGCUUCUGGAAAGCAUGCUCCUCGAGCGGGAUAUUUUGGACACUUGACUCGGAUAGCAAAUAAAUUAGUUCAGUUGGGAAACAGCGUCGUUCAAACACAUCUUCAGGAGAAUAGUGAGUGGAACGAGUGGCGGACCACUGUCUUACAGGAGCGCAUUAUGAUUGAGAAUGUCUACCGAUGGGCUUGUGGCCGUCCAACUGCACUCCAAGACAGGACCAGGGACAGUGAUGAGGAGGAUGCUCAUGAUCGGGAUUAUGAUGUUGCAGCCUUGGCCAAUAAUUUAAGCCAAGCAUUUAGAUACAACAUAUAUGAUAAUGAUGACAAUGAGGGCCAUGGAUCUCUUGAUCGUGAUGAUGAGGAUGUAUACUUCGACAAUGAAUCUGCCGAAGUAGUAAUUUCAUCCUUAAGGUUGGGUGAUGACCAAGGGAGCUUGUUCACAAACUCUAACUGGUUCGCAUUCCAAGAUGACCGGAUCAGUGGCAAUGCCCAUAUGGACACCUCGUCUUCUGAGAUGCUCGACGGGUUCAAACCCACCGUCGCCACAUCCAAUGGCGGCAGCAGCAGCGGCAGUGACGAUGAUGUGGUGCUUGGGGAUGACAUGGAGGCUGCUGCGGCCGUCAAAACCCCUGCCAGCAGGACCAAAAACCCCUUUGAUGAUCUAGACUCGGACACGGCCUCUGCUCCCAACGAUCUGGGUUUCUUCCGCUUAGAGUCCCAAGACAAUGCACCGUUUGGGGACCGGCCCGUGCCCACGUGGGUGGCAUGGGGCAAUGAGCCCAAUGUCCACCUCGGCCAGUCUACUAUGAACCCGUUUGAUGACCCGAACACAAACAUCGAGAGUGAUGUUCCCUUGGGUUUGCCAAACGGAACGUCGAGUUCCACAUCAGGAUCUAGUGACGGGUCGGUGAAAUCCAACUCGAGCCAGAAAAAUGUUGCUGUCCCGUCUUUGUUCGAGGAGGAUGUCGAGUUUGUGGGCGUGGAGCUAGAGGGCACUGAGAAAGCCAUGGAGCAAGCGCUGAAGGAAGGGAUCGUUGGUGAGGCCGGGCCGUUGAAGAGAAAUAUCUCGCCAAAAAAACCCGAAAGCGAAACCCCUGCUGAAAGUGGUGCUGUCAUGGAGGAAUUUAAUGACGCCAAUUAUUGGAGGGUCGAUCAGGAGGUGACCGUGUUGGAGUGA